CAAAGUGAAGAAGAAAGGCUUGAAGCAAGUGCAAUUUUGUCUUACUCAAUUGCCCUGUUCACACACACACACACACACACAGAGACACCAUUUCUCAUUGUCUCUCUCUUGCUUCCAUCAUUUCAUUGGUCUUUACCUUCUCCUUUUCAACAUUGACUCACUCCAACCUUACUUUCCCUUUCCCUCCAAAGUUGUUUCUGUCUUUUCAUCCACCUUUCCCUCAACCCUUUUCUUUUCAUCCUUCAUAGCCAUUAAUAUUUCAGCAGUGUCACACAAAGUGUGGCUUAAAUCAUGGAAGCUCCAAAGCAAGAAGAAGUAUACCACCCACCAAUGGACCAACUUCAUGGCAUAGAGUACUGCAUAGAUGCAAACCCUUCUUGGGUGGAGUCAAUAAUUCUGGGUUUUCAGCAUUACAUUUUGGCUUUAGGAACUGCAGUGAUGAUUCCUUCAUUUCUUGUGCCUUUGAUGGGUGGAACUGAUGGUGAUAAAGUGAGGGUGGUACAGAUUCUGCUUUUUGUAGAAGGAAUUAAUACACUCUUUCAGACACUCUUUGGAACUCGGUUACCAACAGUGAUGGGAGGGUCUUAUGCAUUUAUGGUCCCAAUUAUAUCCAUUAUCCAUGACUCCAAAUUGGCCUCCAUAGAAGACCCACAUUUGAGAUUUGUUAAAACCAUGAGAGCAGUUCAAGGUGCAAUGAUAGCAGCAUCAAGCAUACAGAUUAUCUUGGGCUUUAGUCAAUUAUGGGCCAUUUGUUCUAGGUUUUUCAGUCCACUUGGAAUGGUUCCAGUAAUUGCAUUAUCUGGUUUUGGGCUAUUUAACCGAGGGUUCCCUGUGGUUGGACAUUGUGUUGAAACUGGAAUUCCCAUGUUAAUUCUGUUUGUAGCAUUCUCUCAGUACUUGAAAAACUUUAAUGCAAGACAACUACCAAUACUAGAGAGAUUUGCUUUGCUUAUAUCAACCACAAUUAUAUGGGCCUAUGCACAUCUCUUAACAACAAGUGGAACAUACAAACUCAGAUCAGAAUUAACGCAAUAUAAUUGCCGGACAGAUAAAUCCAACCUCAUUUCUUCUGCUCCAUGGAUGAAGAUUCCAUACCCUUUUGAGUGGGGUUUUCCUACAUUUGAUGUUGGCCAUGCUUUCGGCAUGAUGGCUGCUGUUUUGGUCUCCUUAAUUGAGUCAACUGGAGCAUACACAGCUGCCUCCCGGCUAGCAAGUGCAACACCGCCGCCUCCUCAUGUUCUAAGUCGCGGUGUUGGCUGGCAGGGAAUUGGAAUCUUGUUAAAUGGACUAUUUGGAACACUGACUGGUUCAUCUGUUUCUGUAGAGAAUGUAGGGCUUCUAGGAAGUACUCGUGUUGGUAGUCGAAGAGUCAUUCAAAUUUCAGCUGGCUUUAUGAUAUUCUUCUCAAUGCUAGGAAAAUUUGGUGCUUUUUUUGCAUCAAUACCCUUCCCUAUUUUUGCUGCUAUGUACUGUGUCCUGUUUGGCCUUGUUGCUUCUGUGGGGCUAUCAUUUUUGCAGUUUACUAACAUGAACUCAAUGAGGAGCCUCUUUAUUACUGGUGUUUCCCUUUUCUUGGGAUUAUCUAUUCCUGAGUAUUUCAGAGAAUUCACUUCCAAGGCCCUUCAUGGCCCUGCUCAUACAAAGGCUAGAUGGUUCAAUGAUUUUCUCAAUACUAUCUUCUUCUCAUCCUCGACUGUUGCAUUCAUUGUUGCCGUGUUCUUGGACAACACUCUUGAUUACAAGAAUAGCUCCAAAGAUAGGGGAAUGCCAUGGUGGACCAAGUUUAGAACAUUUAAUGGAGAUACCAGAAAUGAAGAGUUCUACACCCUUCCUUUCAACCUCCACCGUUUUUUCCCUCCAUCUUAACGAAGAAAGUUAUGUUUCUUAAAGAACAUUUAAGGAUUAUAUUUUCUUAGUGUGAGAGUUAGGAAGAGUGAUGACUUUGUAUCAUAUUGGUGAAUUCUAAAUGAAAAGAUUUAUCGUAGUUUAACAUAGAAUUCUUCAUGGCUUUUCUUUUUGGACUA